AGAUGAACACACCACAACUACUCAUUUAAUUACAUCUCUUAACUUCUUAUAACAUUCUCUAACUUUCCACUUUUGUUGGAGUAAAAGAGAAAAAUUAAUAUGGCUAUAGGUGCUUUCAAAAUCAUCUUCUUCCUUCUCCUCUCUUGUUACACCCUCACAAUCGUCACAGCACAAGAUGAGACCGGUUUCGUGGGCUCAAUAGAUCCUAAAUUGUUCAGAAGGAGACAAAACGUUAGCCACUUUAGAUUCUAUUGGCAUGACGUAGUCAGCGGAGACAACGCCACCGCGAUCGAAAUUAUUCCACCUCUUCCGAAGUUUAACACAACUAACUUCGGUGAGGUGAAAGUCAUAGACAACGCUUUAACCUCGGGACCUCAAUUAAGCUCAAAAUUGGUUGGAAGGGCUCAAGGGAUAUAUUCCUAUACCUCACAAACUGAGCUUAAUUUUCUUAUGAUAAUGAAUUUUGCAUUAUUUGAAGGGAAAUAUAAUGGAAGCACAAUUACUAUCUUGGGAAGAAAUGAUGCAUAUGAAAAGGUUAGAGAAAUGCCUGUGAUUGGUGGAAGUGGGCUUUUUAGAUUUGCUAAGGGAUAUGCUGAACUUACUACUUACUUUUUGAAUACCACUACAGGAGAUGCUACAUCUGAGUACAAUAUUUAUGUUUCUCAUUAUGUUUAAUUGAUGAUAUACUUUUUUGGAUUGUAAGAGAUACAUAUUUUUUGCUUUUUGUGAUUGAUUGUGUUGAUGUUUCUUAGUUUCCUAUCAUGUAGCAUCACUCACUUGUUGUGAUGAUGUUCAUCUUUGCUUGUGGGGGGUUAAGCUCCUGAACUUAACCCUUGUUUAUUUGUGUGUAUUUGUGAUUAUACCAUUAUUUGAAUAAAAAUUGAUACUAUUAGAAAAAAUAUUUUAUUUA